GCCUGGCCUGAAUAAGAGGAGCACCGGCAGCGAUUGUUCCUUGUCCAUCUCCAUCUCCAUCCAUCCACCUGUAGGCUUCAGCAACGUAACCCAACCAAAAGCUAGCAGACGACGAUGCACCCGGUGCCUCCGCGGUCGAGCCCCGGCAACAUCGCCGCCGCCACGCGGGUGCACCCUUCCGACGCCGACGCCCUUCACCACAGCUGCCCCGCCGCCGCGGAUCACCAGCCGGCGCUGUACACGGUGUGGAAGAGGUCCAGCAUGGGCUUCCAGGGCACCGACGGCUUCUGCGUCUACGACGACGCCGGCGCCCUCGCCUUCCGCGUCGACAACUACUCAAGGCGCCGCAAGCUCUUCGCCGGCGAGCUCCUGCUCAUGGACGGCCAUGGCGCGCCCCUUCUGGCACUCCGCCCACAGAUUUUCAGCAUGCGCGAUCAGUGGAACUGUUACAGAGCAUCAGAAGAAGCUGGUGACAAGAGCUCCUCCAGGCGGCAACACCUCUUCUCCAUGAGGAAAUGCUCACUUGCAAAAAGCAAUGAGGAAGCAGAGGUGCACAUAUCAGGAUGCACCGCUUCAUCAGAUCAUGACUCCCAAGCUCCUACCUUCAGGGUGCAGGGUAGCUUCUGGAGGAGAAGCUGCAAGAUCCGAAAAGGCAACGGGGAGGAGGUGGCUAGGAUAACUAGGAAGAAAGCCGGCGCAGUGUCGGAGACGGUCACACUUGGCGAAGAUGUCUUCAGCCUUACCAUCAUGCCAAAUGUCGAUCGCUCAAUGGUCAUGGCUUUCGUUGUCAUUUUGGAUCGUAUAUGCCAGAGGCCAUACAAACCUUUAAUAUGUUCUUCAUAGUUCAUGCCUUCCGGCUUCCAGUUGCCGAAGCCCUAA